CACACGGAUGUUUUAUCCGUCCAGGCGAGGCGUGAGACAGGGAUGCUGGAUAUUGUUGCAUAGACCUCGAAGAUUUGCUAGUUUAUUUGGAAACCAAUUUGACCUGACAAGCGUUUAUUGUCCGAAGUUUUGUGUUUUAUUAUGGACAUUGCGAUAGAAGCGAGUGAUGAUGUCAAUAGACGAUGAACUAUUGGACAGAAUGAGUCAAUCCAGUAUAGUAAACAUCAAAAUUGACUUUUCGGUUUAUAUUCAUAUAUAUAUUUUAUGUGGUAUAUUAUCGCUUUCUUGUAAAUAGCACUAAUGGUGAACUUCACACUACGCUUUCUUACGGAUGUUUUCCAAGUUUCGGACAUUUCGCGCCAAAGCUAUUUGCAAUAAUCUCACAAAAAAUAUAGUGGUUUGACAAAUUUUAACGAGUCGAUACAACUGCAAGAAUGGACGCCGGGAGCGAGGUGUCAACUUUGGUUUCUCCUGGUACCGAUGGAAAUGCGCCAAAACAUCUGUGGAGGCAACAGAGCCCGGUUCCUCUUCAGAUCCAGAACUCUUUCGGCCCGCGCAAGAACUACCGGGUGAGACAGAGAGGCUUUUCCGACACGGAGAAGUACCUGAAUCCCAGGACCAUGGACCGGAGCUAUGCCGUGGACACCGGAAAGCGUCCCGGUUUGAAGAAGUCCAGAAUGUCAUGGCCAUCAUCCUUUCAAGGACUUAAACGCUUUGAUGUGGACAAUGGUACCUCAUCAGGACGUAGUCCGCUGGAUCCCAUGGCCAGCCCGGGGUCAGGUCUCAUCCUCCAAGCCAACUUUGUACACAGCCAGAGGAGAGAGUCCUUCCUGUACCGCUCAGACAGCGACUAUGACCUCUCACCAAAGUCUAUGUCCAGAAACUCCUCCAUCGCCAGUGACAUACACGGUGAUGACAUGAUUGUUACCCCUUUUGCACAGGUUCUGGCAAGUUUAAGGACUGUCCGGAAUAAUUUUGCUGCUUUAACAAAUGUACAACAGGAAAGGGCGAAUAACAAGAGAUCCCCCAUGUGUAACCCACCUCCCAUCACAAAGACCUCCUACACAGAGGAGGCCUACCAGAAGCUGGCCACAGACACCCUGGAGGAGCUGGACUGGUGCCUCGACCAGCUUGAGACCCUCCAAACCAGGCAUUCGGUCGGCGAGAUGGCUUCCAACAAGUUCAAGAGGAUGCUGAAUAGAGAAUUGACUCACCUCUCAGAGAUGAGCCGAUCUGGUAACCAGGUGUCUGAGUUCAUCUCCAGUACAUUCUUAGACAAGCAACACGAAGUGGAAAUGCCAUCGCCCCAGUCCCAGAAAGACAAGGAGAAGAAGAAAAGGCCGAUGUCCCAGAUUAGUGGUGUAAAAAAGUUAACGCACAGUUCCAGCCUUACCAACUCUAGCAUCCCUCGGUUUGGAGUCAAAACUGAAACAGAAGAUGAGCUGGCCAAGGAGCUUGAAGAUGUAAAUAAAUGGGGUCUUAAUGUCUUCAAAGUGUCAGAAUUUUCUGGGAACAGACCUUUAACGGUUAUGAUGCACACAAUAUUCCAGGAGAGGGACUUGUUAAAGACGUUUAAAAUUCCCCUGGACACGUUUAUCACCUAUCUGAUGACUUUAGAGGACCAUUACCAUGCUGACGUUGCCUAUCACAACAACAUCCACGCUGCUGAUGUCACACAGUCCACUCACGUCCUGUUAUCAACCCCUGCCCUUGAGGCUGUGUUUACAGACCUUGAAAUUCUCGCUGCCAUAUUCGCCAGUGCGAUACAUGAUGUUGACCAUCCUGGCGUCUCCAACCAGUUUCUCAUCAACACUAACUCUGAGCUGGCCCUCAUGUACAAUGAUUCGUCUGUGUUGGAGAAUCAUCAUCUGGCUGUAGGUUUUAAACUGCUGCAGGAAGAGAACUGUGACAUCUUCCAGAACCUGACCAAGAAACAGAGACAGUCACUCCGCAAGAUGGUCAUUGACAUUGUUCUGGCCACAGACAUGUCUAAGCACAUGAAUUUGUUGGCUGAUCUGAAAACCAUGGUGGAGACCAAAAAGGUGACCAGUUCUGGGGUAUUGCUGCUGGAUAACUACUCUGACAGGAUACAGGUCUUGCAGAACAUGGUGCACUGUGCAGACCUCAGUAACCCCACCAAGCCGCUGCAGCUGUACAGGCAGUGGACGGACCGCAUCAUGGAGGAGUUCUUCAGUCAGGGGGACAGAGAGCGGGAGCGCGGCAUGGAGAUCAGCCCCAUGUGCGACAAGCACAAUGCUUCAGUCGAGAAGUCCCAGGUGGGCUUCAUCGAUUACAUUGUGCAUCCACUGUGGGAGACGUGGGCAGACUUGGUGCACCCAGACGCCCAGGACAUCUUGGACACGCUGGAGGACAACAGGGAGUGGUACCAGAGCACCAUCCCCCAGAGCCCCUCUCCAGCGCUGGACACCAACAGCGAGGGCCGACGCACCGCCGGCCAGGAGAAGUUCCAGUUUGAACUGACUCUAGAGGAGGACGGAGAAUCUGACACGGAGAAGGACAGCAGCAGCCCUCCUGAUGAAGAGGACGAGGAAGAGGAGGAAAACAGCUGCAGUGACUCUAAAACCCUUUGCACACAGGACUCCGAAUGUACAGAGAUCCCCCUGGACGAGCAGGUGGGGGACGCGCAGGAGGACGAGGACGAGGAGGACGAGCAGGAGGAGGAAAGGGAACUAUCAGAAACCUGUGUUUUAGAGGAGGAAGAGGAGGAGGAGGAGGAGGAGGAGGAAGAUGACACUGCCAACACAUAACACAGUAUGACACGGCACCUGAACUUUUUUAUAUUAGAGAUGAGAAACACUUAUUUAUGGUUAAGAUAUUAGUUUUUUUCAUUGUCUAUUUUGCAUACGUUGUUCAGAAGUGCUUUUUAAAUGUCCGCCUUUAACCUGUUUUUUAUUUUUCAUUCCUUAUUUUAUUUUAUUUUUAAACCGUUUUUACGCUCAGGAAUGUCUUUUCCACUCCCACCUGUCAUUCAUACAGACAAACCGAACAAAAGAAAGGUUAAAAAGCUCGACUUGUAUUCCUGAUUGUGAGGUACUUUUUUAUUUUUUUUUGACUGAAACAGUAUUUCAGAAACAUUUACCUUCGAAAGCAGCUGUUUUUCACCAACGAGACACUAUUUUUUUUCCUGUUUAUCUGAAGGAAAGUGGCAAUUCGAAGCAUUUUAGCAGACAAACACUUUAGAAGUGAAUCCUUCAUGCUUUGACCUUCGCGUCUUCCUGAUGCCUCGAAUGUGUUAUUAAUCUGGAUUUAGCCGUCUGUUGUGUUUGUGGAUCGGUCGUUAUUUGAAGUGAAUGAACAUGGUACCAAAGUGAAAAGAACUCGUGAGACACCAUUUUCACACUGAAAAUACUCACUUUCAUUUAAAUUACCAUAUUUGGGGUAAAUAGGUAAAUGUAGUAUUUAGUGUUAUACCAUAAUUUGUUGCAUUCAAUCCAGAUCUGAAAAUAGUUUUUAAAUAUAAUUUUUUAAAUAAUAAGUUGCUCAGUUUAAUAAUACCUAAUUAUGACAAUAUUUAAACUUAAAAUAAAUAAAUAUCUUAUACCCCCAAGAACAAGAAUGCUGUUAUAAAUCUAUUAUAAGAUAAUAGCUUGAAUAAGCAUUAAAUGUUUUUGUCCCCUAUCAUUGUCGUCUAUCUUGCUAGCAGUGGAGUAAAAUAAAUCCUGGUUAUCACUUUAUAAAUAACCAUUUGAAUUAUUAUUAGAAUUAAAUAAUAAUAAUAUUAUUAUUAUUCAUUAUUAUUAUUAUGGCCCUGUUCAUUUGUUUCUCAGAAAUGUCUGCCAGCUGUUUGGUGCCAUACGUCCUUGGCCAGUUAGACAGAAAACAGCUGUCAUGAAUGAUCAAGCUCAGUUUAGUGGUUUCUGUUGUCACGUGAUCAUGUGACAAUCAGCUUCAAUGCAAAGCCUCAUUGUAAGUGUGAAUCUAGUUUUGUUUUUGUCUUUUUCUAAUUAGUAUUUAUUUUGGUUAUUUUCGACAUUGCCAAACAGUACCAGUCACAAUGAAUUUAACUGCUGCUUUACUCACUCUGUCAAGUGUCCUACUGUACAAACAUCCUCUUCGUUUGGUUACGUUCAUGCUAGCAUUAUUUAUUAAUGCUCUUUGAUGUGCUUGUAGCAUAUUAAAGCAUUUUUUAAUUGAACUGUAGCAUCGGCAGUAUGAGUCAGUUCUCCUAAUAUAUUAUUUGAAUUAUACAUGUGCAGUAAAUAUACCUAAUCAAAUGUACAAAACUCUGUAUAAUAUCGAAGCCUUUUGAAAUGACCCCAUUCUUGUUGCUUUCUUUACUUUAUUUAAAACUCAUUCCGUUGCCAAGUUUGCUUUUUUAUUAAUAGUUCAUAUUUUUGUAAUUGUCUCCAUUCUCUACAUUGUCUUUCAUUUCUCUCUGUUUACAAACAUGUAUUUAUUGUGCUGUACAGUACAUAUUGUUGCUCUUAUCAUGUGGUUGUAAAUGAUUAUAUCAUCCCUUUUGGUGAUGGUGUUGUAUUAUGGAACUCUUACUGAGAGAAUGUUCGUUAUUAUUAGUAUGUAAUGAUCCCAUUGAUAUGUGUCUCUAGAGAGAUUGCGUAGAGAAAGGGAAAGCCAAAUUAUAGUCAUUACUGUGGUUAUUUUUCAUUCUUUCUUUCUUUUUAAAAGAAAGUGGUUCCGUGGCCUGAGGGUUGUGCCUUACAGAUAGCUCUUUAGAUUUUAUCCUCUUGCUGCACUAAAGAAACUACUGGCUGGAAAUUGUUUUGUCGUUUUCCUCCUGUUUAAAUGGCAUAAAUGCUCCCAGCAUAAAACAAACAAAAAACAGACAAAAGUUGUCAGACCUCAUCGGACAGGGUAAAAGCAGGCCAGUGACGUGUGUUUGGGUUUGCGACCAGCUGUAAGAACCUCCAUCCUGUUUCUGUCCAUGCUGUGUUCGUCUGACUGAGACAUUCGAAGACUUUUGCGUUUCAUGCAAUACGAGAGAAAACAUCUUUCUGUUUGGGGAAUAACAGGGCAUUUUGAUUUCCAGAUCCUUCACAAAAAGCCCAAGAACUCAAUUUAGGACUCAUUUUGACACAUAUACUGUAGAUUCUUAUUGACCCUAAAUGGAUGAAAUCAGUGCGUCCUUCUCGUCUCUUUUUAAAUCAUGAGAAAAACACACAAACAGAAUUUGACAAAUGAUAUUUAGGGAUAACAAUUUUUUUGUUAUGUGACUUGAAUGACAAAACUUGUCUGGAGGUUUCACAAGACCGUGUAGUUGUUUAUUGAACUCCUUGUUUAUUGCAGUCUAUUGGAUAGCACUGUAGAACUAAAAAUUUACAUACGAAAACUGGUAAAAUCCAAUAAAAAUGUUCUUUUUUUUUUCUUUUUUUUUUUUUUAUAUGCACCAUAAUAAAAGCAUGUGUU